CGUGUUGGAAGCGCCCGCCGCUCGAAUUCCGGUCCUUCCCGUUCGCCGAAGGACUCGCACUGGAAAGAGGAACAGGGAGAGAGAGCAGCCAAGAUGCACACGUUACUCGCCCGCGCUAAUGCCGUGAGCGCCUUCAGCCUGAGCACUCUGGCCGCCCUUACCUUCUUCUGCUUCGCCUCCACCUUCUUCAUCAACUACUCUGCCCCCGUGUCCAUCAGCGCCGCCAACAUCGUCCUGAAGAAUGUGCCAGAGUAUGCAGUUUCUCGAGAGAAGAACGACUUGGGAGCCCUGCGCUUUGACUUGAAUACCGAUCUGACACCUCUGUUCAACUGGAACACAAAGCAGCUCUUCCUCUACCUUACUGCUGAGUAUCAGACUCAGAAUAAUAAAGUGAAUCAGGUGGUGUUAUGGGACAAGAUUAUCCAGCGAGGAGAGGCUUCAGUGGUCAAACUCAAGAACCAGCACCUCAAAUACUAUUUCUGGGAUGAUGGAAAUGGUCUCCUUGGGCACAAGAAUGUGAGCUUGUACCUGUCCUGGAACAUCAUUCCCAUUGCGGGUACACUGCCCACCUGGAGUGGCACAGGGGUCUACAAGCUGGCCUUCCCCUCAGAAUACACACAAGGCCGUAGUUACUAAGGGAAUUUGUAAUGUUUAAGUAAUGUACUAUUAUUCUGAUCAGAAAGGAAUUAGUGUUUCUAAAUAUAUGUAUGAAAAUGAGUCCUCAAAUGGUAAUCAGAAGGAUAAAUUCAAAUAUUUAGUUUUUUUUUCCCUUCCUUUCCUUUUUUUUCCUUUCAAUUUUUAAAAAUUAUUUUGGGUAAUGCAGGGAAGUGGAUCAUACACUGAUGUCUGACAGAAUGGGCAGAGCUUGCUUUCUGUGUGGCUGGAAUUAUUUAGUAAUGCCUGUAAUGGUGAAGGGGUCUUGGAAAUCUGUCAUCAAAAAUUGAUGCCCCAACAAAAAAAAAGGAAAAAAAUAUUCAGGAUUUUGCUGUUCUUAUUUUGAAAAGGGAGUCUAUUUUGGAAGGAGUAUAUUUUCUAAAUCUAUUUUAUACAGCUUUAAAAAAUUAUUAAAUUUAAGUUUUUGGCUAGAGUGGCUACUGAAAGUGAUAGUUUGAGCUGGUUUAACAAAGACAUGUAAUGAGAUAAAUUGACUUAAAAAGCAAAUCAUAAUUGGAAUUGAAGUAUCACAAAUCUUGCAAAUGCAACAACCAGAUUAAUGCUCUAUUUUUCCGUUUUCUUUUUUCCAAAAUUCUUACUGGUUCAGUGCUCUUUCAAAUUAUGAGUUUAUUGUAUUUUUGUUCUAGGCUUUUUUUUAAUGGUUUUCAAGGUCUGACAGGAAAGAAUCUUUCAUAUAUUACCCUAAGAAAUCAUUGUUCAUGUAGGCUAGGGCAGUUGAUUUUAUAAGCUCAUGAAUAUACAAAUCUUGUAGAUAUUGUCAGUGUGACUUUUGAUGUAUUUAUUUCAUUGCCGGAAUCUGUAAUUAUUAUUUUUUUAAUUUCUAAAUUCAUGUAAAAACAUGUUGACUCCCUUGUUCACAGUUAACCUGUUUCUUGUAAUAAAAUCUUUUCCACAAAA